AUGCCAGAUGACCGUAGACCUCUCCUUUUGAGGACUAAUGAAAAUGAGCUUGUCAAAACUGCAGUUUGUGAUUUCCUUAAGGAUGUUGGUUGUUUGGAUGCAACAAGGGUAAGACUGUUAAAUUGUCCUGAAGAUGAAGAUUAUGUUCACGCCAAUUAUGUCUCAACGCCUACAUGCUCAAGAAGAUUUAUUUGUACUCAGGCCCCUAUGGAAAAGACGUGCAGGGACUUCUGGGUUAUGUGUAUACAAGAUCGAGUAGAGUUCAUCGUUAUGCUAUGUAAUUUUUUCGAAAAGGGAGCCAGGAAAUGUUUCCCAUAUUUUCCAAAUCAAGGAUCACUUCAAUUUGAUGACAUCACGGUAACAUACAUGGGUUCCACUAUGGUAAGUGUGCUGCUAGUGAGCUGCCUGCUAUACAAAUUCCCAGAUGUUGGAAUUUAUAGUACAAAUAUGAAGUUUGUAGCUAGAAUAAAAACAAAGCAUCUACAUUGGGUUGACUGGCCAGAUCGUGGGGUGCCACCCGCAGAUACAGCUAUUAUUCAAGUGCUCAAUAUUAUAAAGAGUACGCAAACUCCCAUCGUAGUACAUUGUUCUGCUGGUGUGGGAAGAACGGGAUCAUUG